GUCAAAUAAAAUCAUCUGAUAUUUUUUGUUUGCCGCAAAUCGGGCCUGAUGUACUCUGGGUAAUCCCUUGAGCAUGCGCAGUGGCGAAACGGAAAUGCCUUCCACGUUUCCCUGGGUUACCGUCAACAAGUCCGCUAGCCCAUUGUAGCUUUCUCGUGUGCCUUUAGGUAUUGCAUAAUUAGUAAAAUUUAACUGUACAGUAUUUAUUGAACUAGACAGCGAUCGUGUGGCAAUGGAGCUUUGCAUACUGUUGAAGUAGCGAUAAAGGAAGCAGAGGAAGCUCAGUUGCUAAGCUUGUUACUUUGAACUUAGCGAACGCUAGCUAGCAUGCUAGUAAAUACAACCGCAGGAAAGUGUUAAUAGUUGACAGAAUGACAAAUCAGGACUUCAUGACACUGGCUUACACGAAAAGCCCGAAAACGUCGAGAAGGACAACAUUUCAGGAUGAACUUCAGGCUGCUAUUUCUGCCAGGGCAAGCAAAACAAAAACAGACCACUACUCGUACUCCGAUGACUUCAAUGAAGAUGAGGAUGAUUUUUUGAAUGAACUCCUCAAAUCAAGAAAAAAGAAGGCCAGCGCAUUUAAGGCUGGGAAGAGUAAAGCAAAAGUCAACAACUUUGAGAUUUCUGACGAUGAAGGCAAACAUAGUAGAACAAAGAGAGUUUCAUUUCUGAAAACCCAAAGAAUCAGCUUUCCCUCGGAAGACACCACAGCAUCAGAAUCACGUGAAAACGAACCGCCUGAUUCUUCUGUCAGUCACCACAGUGAUUAUAAUAACUCAUUUUCCUCACAGCACUCCACAAAUGUCAGUCAGGAUAACACGCAAUUUAAAAACAGUAAUGGGGGAGAGAGCACAAGUAAAUCUCUGUCAUACCAAACAUCAGAAGAUACUUUCCUGGAAAUGCCUUUACCUUUGCCAUCUGACAACCGUGUUAUGGAACCCCCUGGUGCUGAAGAUAAGAAUAAUGCUGUUCUGGAAGAAAGCUCCCAUACUCUACAGUUAACAGCAACUGAACUCAAACACACAUCCUCAGCAGAUGGUGCCAGCGAGAGGGAGCCACCCAGACCGAAACCCAGGCAAAGGACUCUUGGACUGAACCUUCACACUGCAGAGAAGAUAGCUGAAGACGCUGAAUCUCAGGAUCUCAGCAGGCCUCAGACAUCAUCUGCAUCCAUACCCCUCUCCACUGACACAUCCAGCAACAUCACUUGGACAGAUGAAGGUCACGCAGUUUCACGUAGCCUCAGCGAACUCUCUGUAAGCAAAAGCGAACAGUCACAGCUCUUCACCAAGUCCACAAUUGAUUCUGGAUCCAGAGAUGGCUUUAUUUCUGAUGACAGCAAAGAGCAGGGGAGAAAGUACUCCACAUCAUUUGAAGAGUUUAAUCAAGACUCGGGAGAUCACUCAGAUCAACACUCUCGAGUCCAUGAAAAAUCAUUUGAGACUAGGACAUCAAGCUCUCACUCGAAGACCUCUCACAGACCUCAGAGUGUGUGCUCCAGGAAAGUGGAAUCAAAGUAUUUGGGAUCUCUCAAAGUUCUGGAUGGUAAAAUCUCUCUACAGGAGUCUCAGCCACAAGCAGCAGAUUCACUCAGAGCUGCUGUUUAUCAGGAAUGGCUUCAGAAAAAAAAGGAAAAGUCAAGAGAGAACAUGAAGCUGAAGAAGAAAGAGGAAAUCCUGAAAGAAAAAAAGAAAAGGGAAGAAGAAGCUAAAAAGGAAGAUGCCGUUGCAUCAUACGAGGCUUGGAAAGAAAAGAAAGCGGAGAGUCUCAAAGCAAAAGCCAAAGAAAAGCAAGAUAUGAUCAGAAAAGAGCAAAGAGCAGUUGAAGAGAAGGAAGAAAAAAGACAAUCUGCUCAACAGGUGUUUGAAAGAUGGAAACGUGAGAAUGAUCAUUUACUCGAAGAAAAGUACAGAAAACGAAGAGAAGCUGAAAGUAAACUUCAGGCAAAAAAGCAAGAAAAGGAGGAAGAAAGAAAGAAAGACAGCAAAUCUGCCUUUUCUAACUGGUGUGAAAAGAAGAAAGAUGUUGUGAAUGAAAAAGUCACAAUGGAGCGCAAAGCAAGAAAAAACAAAGCAGAAGAGGAGCGAUACAUGAAGGAAGAGAGAGAUAAAAUGUCUUUAGAGAUGUAUGAAAACUGGCUUGCCCGGAAAGAUUUAGAGUGGAAGAGACAAAAAGAAGAACAGCGAAUACGGGCGAUACUCAGAGACAGUCCACCUCCACCAUGGAGCCCUCCUAAUAAAACUAUACCAUUUCAAAAAUAACAUUUGUAAUAUAACAUACCACCCGCAGAAUGUCUUUGGGUUGUAUGUUACUUUAGAAGUUAUGAGUUUGGUACUGUUUGGUGUGUCCAAAAUGAGUUUUAAGCACAGUUAAUGUUAAAUUUUAUAUUUUUGUCAGGUUUUGUAUUAGCCACCCGCUCUGGUUUAAGUUUACAUUUGUGUGCUUUUUUGUAAAAUGCUGCAGUACGUUUAGAAGAUGUUGUGUUCAAGUGACAUGGUGACAUGUCAAUUUCAAACACUUACGCAAUAACUAAACCCUUUAAAAAAAUGUGUGGUCUCUUCUUACUGUGUUAUACAUUAGAAUAAAGCAGCAACAAGAAAAGGUACUGGUGUAAAAUAUAA